AUGGCUGAAAAUCUAGAAAAUGUUAAUAUUCCACAUGGGGAAACUAAUCAUCGAUCUGGGAAAGAGCCCAUGGGCUCCAGAAGGUCUACCAACCCGCGGUCCAGAUGGACCACCGGUUCUGUUAUGACUCAACGUGAGGGUGGCCCUAGCACACGGACCACACGUUCUCAGAGGACCCAACCCAAUGGGACAAAUGCUCAAAAUCAACCUAAACCUGGAGUGAGAAGACCUCAAGGUAGGCCUCGUGGCUCACAAACCAGGAGACAGGAAGAUGCCUGGGAAGAACAACCCAGGGAAAAUGAGAUAUCCCCUAAAAAUCAGAACGAACAACCAGAUGGAAGGAAACCAGAAACUGAUGAACGAGAAAUUUCUCAUGACAAUGAGGAGGAUCUUGGGACUCAAUCAGGAGAACGUAGGUCACCUGCGAGAAAUCACCAACGUUCUUCCCAAACCCAUAGAGUGAGGACUCGUAUAGACCCUAAUGGGGGAAAUACAACGAACUGCACUCAGGGGGAGAGAACAGAGCAUGAAGAAGCUAGCGUAACCUUAAGGCGGUCAAGAACCCACAGUCAAUCAACUCGAAGAGGCAAAAGUACUCAAUGA